AUGGCCGAACAAGAAGGCUUCAACGAUGCGCAAGAAUCUGCAGCAGAUGUCCAGACGACCAGCGUGCCACCGUUAUCCAACGAAUCCCAGGUCAAAAAAACAGAAAGAACGGACACCGGUGGUUCAUCCAAGAAUAGAGCAUCCAAGGGAAUCGCAACGGACAACGAUCACACGGUAUCCUCCAGAGCAAGAGCACAGAUGAUAAAGUUCAGAAACGCCGUGAAAAGGACUGGAACCCUUGAUGGCUCUGUCGAAAGCCCUCCCAAGGAAACAGCGCUCCCGGAGGCAGCACAACAAAUGCCGGCCGAAGGGUCUCAGCUGAAGCUCAUCUCAGAUGGAACUGCAGAGAGCAUUCUCGUCGAUGUGGUCGCGAUCCCAGAUUAUCAUGAUGAUGCUUCUACUGCGUGGACCUUCAACCUUGAGCAUUUGAGAAAGCAGUUACGCGAGCGUCCCGUGGCAUUCUCUCAAUCUGCUCCUACCACAUCUAACAAGAGAAUUGUUAGCCCCAAUGUCGCUGUCACUCCACCAGGCGAAGAUUAUCAGUCUUUCGGUUUGACAGCAACACCCUCAUGGGACCGGGAAACACCGGGUUCAAGCAAGAAGGUCGAGGCGGGCCCGUCAACACGCAGAACUGUCGCAGGAGUCUUGAAAAGAGCCCCAGCCCUAGAAGCGAUUCAAAAUAUUGCAAAUACGGAGCGAACCCAAAAUGAGAUGAGUAUGUCCCUUCCGAAAACUGCACCCAAGAUUGGACCACCGCCUCGGCGGCGAUCUCAGACGGAGGCGCCUAUGAGACAUGUACAGAAUGAAGUGCCCACUCACAUGGUUCAGUUGAAGGAAGACACAGUUGUUUCCCCUGACCAGCUCCACAAUCUGAGCAUUAACUGGCUUGCGGAUCCUGAAAUGUUUCCGACCAAGGUGCCCUGGGCAAGGAUCUUCAACUUCGAAUAUCCGCGAAGCAAAGACCGCACUUCAAAGCCACCAAGCCUUGGAGAACUUACAAAGCAGUUGGUAACCGAAUUGCUUCGCCGCCUCCACCCGGAGCGGCCGAUUAUUUUUGUCACCCGGCGUUUUGGCUUUGCUGUCCUUCUAGACUUAUUGUAUUCUGAAUUCCCUAUCAACGACUCUGUCAAGCGCGGGCAGUUUUUUCAGUCUAUCGCAGCGAUGUUCAACUUUCGGGCGCCCGCAGAUGCAGCCUCAGGUAAUGUCAAAGCCUCGAAGACCGUCCGGCUACCAUACGAUGAGAUUAGAAGAGAUCAUGUUUACACACGUUCAGAAAAGGUAGAAGCACGCUUACGGCAUCUGACCCCGUGUGACUCUCCUAAGCCAUUUGUGCAACUCUUGGACGACGAUGGCAGGCAUCUCAAAGACAUGCAUGAUAAACGAUUUGCGGAGUUUGUCCAAAGAUUUUUGAGAGCUGCCCAUGCUCGCAUCUUUCUACAAGCGGUGAUAGACGGCAAGGAGGACGAACUCCGGAAACCCGAAGCAGCUGGAUGGGGCGUGAAUCUCUCCGACAGUGUCGGUCAGACCGCACUUCACUUCGCGAUCAUCUGCAAGGACAUGGAAGUAUUAUCAUUCCUCCUGGGUUUCAAAGGCAUCCGAGUCGAUGCGAAAGACGCUCAGGGCCAGACCGCACUGCAUUAUGCAGUGGCGUACCUUCGUAGGCCAAAUGAGGCCAUUGCAAUGCUUGUCGAUAACGGUGCUGAUGCGACCACUAAGGAUAACAAUGGGUCAACAGUCCUCGACCUCGCGAGAAAGAAGAAUAUCCAGCAAUCCCUGAUGACAUUCCGUGCGGUGACAGGGCCAUCAAAUGAUCCUGGGGUUGUUCUUCAACUUCCCAAUCCCGAUGAUCUCGAUGAAUUGAAGCAACUUGCUGCCGAGGACUCUCUGAUGGCUGUCGCCGAAUUCUUCAAGGUUAAGGAGGGUGAGGUUGAAACGGAGAAGUUCAUCAUACAACGGCCCUCAGUCUUCCAGGUUCUUUAUAGGAAGUAUCCGCAUGAGAUAUUUGAGGUGGCUCGUCGCAAAACAGAAAUGAAACGGGACACGAGAGUGUGUCGAUGGCUCCAUAUCCCCGCCAAUCAUACGGGCUGGGUUGACGGAUUGUUUGCUCGGCUUGGUUGGGCAAAGGAAUCGAUCCAGGUUGAUCAACACUCUGGGAAGACAUAUUGGAGCAACUACCUGAGGCCGCACUGUCGGACCUUUAAAGCGGUCCGUCGACCGCUGCCAUCAACACCUGAGAAGCAACAGCACCAGUCCACAGUCGAAGAUGAGAUUCACAACUCUAAGUCAGUCGGAGAGAGCACAGAUGAGGUGCAUGGGACUCUCAUCUACAUGCCCUUCCUAACGUCAGAGAGACAUUGUGAUCAGAGCACCAUUUAUAAUACCGUCAUCGACGAUAAAAAGUCGCCGCUUAACGACCUUUACUACGUGGCUGGCCGACAAUUCUCCCUUGAAGACAUCACUAAUGUCGCGAGCGACUUCGACUUUGUUGAUCCUAAAGCUGGCAACCAGAAUGAAGAGUCGGAUCCCGCACGGCUACGAUCCGAGCGCGAAAUGCUUUACGCGUACAGGGACAGUCUCGGCAGCCUGGGAAGGCCAUUGCACAUCCGAAGAACUCUAGACCAAUCUCACUAUCUAAUGCUUGAAGAUACCCGCAAACGCGAUCGAGAUCAAGUCGUGCUUCGGCGACAACAGGGACGGGAGGGAUCGAAGAAUGGUCCCGCUUCAGAUUCUCCUGAGGCUGAAGCGGACGAUCUGAAAGAUCAACACCCUAUGGUGAUGGUUGAUCAGCUGUGGCUUUGGAUUGUAGGGGACACUGUCAUAUCCAGCUUUCCAAGAAGCUGGCCACAGCCUGAUUGGACGCAGGAGUGCGAUGUCCUCGACCGUCUGAUUAGACAUAUUAACGACACUCCCCGAAGAGGACCCAUAAGGAAUAGUCGGGAUCUGGCCAACUUGAUUGUGAAACAUUGUGUUGAUGUGUUCAACCACCCCAUACGGGAGGACCAUUACCACCGGCUUUCAUUGCAUGAUGCUUUCGAGACUUCAGUUGGGAUUGUCGCCGACCAAGAGAUGAGUUUGUUUCGGCAGUUUGAGAAUCAUGUUCUUCUGUUGAACAAGCUAGAAGUUCUCAAGGGUAGACAGGAGACCGCGGAGAGGCUGGUGGGGACAUCCUCAGGAUCGUAUUAUACCGCUUCUGAGUAUAUUGCUGAGGACCAAUCAAUCAAGGCAUCUGAAAAGUCUGCCGAGGCGAAGCCGAUUGCAGACUCUCAGGAGACAGAAAAUGAACUGCUGGAUAAGCUCUUUGAUAUCAAGAAGGAAAUUGAACAGUUAGACGAAGCCAAGGACAUACGCGACGAGCUAAGGAUGAUUUUGAGGAUAUUGGAGGAACAGAAACGAGUCAUGGAUGACUGGUUCGAGAUUUCUUCGGGAUCAGCAAAGCCUGAAAGCAAGAAGGCCAUGCGCGAAGCCCGCGAAAGCAAGACGGCGGCCGGUUCUCUUGGGGUUUCAACCAUGUUCGAAACUCCAGAUGGUGGUAUCACAUGGGGACGUGGCGUCUCCUUCAAGAACGCAGCAGACGAGGCGUACGCGACGGUUCAGAGUAAUCACAAGGACUUCACACGAAUGUUGGAACAUGUGGUCACUACGGAGAAAGGUAUCAAUCAACUGCUCAACCUGAAACAGAAAGAAGCCAACUCUCUCGAGGCGCGGUUUGCACGCAAAAGCGCUGAAGCAGCAACCAAGCAGGGGAACACCAUUCUCUUCUUCACGAUUGUCACCAUCAUAUUCGGAUCUUUGUCCUUCAUAACGACCUUCUUCGCCUUGAAUGUGACGGCUUUCCCUCUCGAUGCUGAUAGCGGAGAGCCAGUCUGGCCUCUGAGACAAGUCAUCGGGCUGAUAAUUGGGCUUUCCCUCGGCUUAUCCAUUCCCUUUAUUGUCAUGGCAUUGACAAUAAACUCGACAAUGGCAUUGGGGACAAGAGCCCUCGGCAAGGCAGGGAAGCUUCUGGGGGUCUUCCACGUCAUCCGGUUUCUGAGGGAAAGGAAGAGUGCCACAAGCCAGGCACUGUUGUCCAGCGGACAGGGUCAUCACCCAACGCCGAGGUUCAAAUACAAGUUUCAGUGGCGACGAGGAAUCAACGGCGAAGAUGAGGACUGGCUGGAUGGCCAGGGCCGGUCUUUCGCUACGGCGACUGAGGCAUAA